AAGUGUUCACGGUAACGAAACGCGUACCUCGGCGACCACUUGUGUACAAGAUUGCAGAUUAUGACGAUGAAGAACUGGAAGGAACAUUUUACGAGCAGGAACUUCAGAAAGUCAACAAAUCAGACAGUGACUAUUACAGAAUAGAAAAAGUAAUAAGAUCACGAAUGCGUAAUAAACGUAAAGAGUAUUAUGUAAAAUAGUUGGGUUACCCUCGCAAGUUUAAUUCUUGAGUCCCAGCAGAGAGUGUAAAAGAUCUGAAAUAAAUGUAUCUGAAACCGUCAUAACUUGUGUUCAUUUGUGUUUUGGUCUUCGAUAUGGCAACACAGUUUUAUCUCACGUUGCCGAUUAAUAGUUCUCUGGCUUAUUUUCAAAAUAAUACAGUGGCAAAUUUUCGAGUGAAAUUGGCAGAAGCCAUUGUCUUGCCAGGGCAAUGGGAAGUCGCAUUGACGGAGCUACAUUACCCACAUACGUGGAACACGCUUAAACGUGGAGUGCAACAAACGUUUUUGUAUAAAAAUGGCAGCAGCCCUAUCAAACUGUCGUGCUUAAAGAAACACAAUAUUCUUCGAUUGAGCAACUAACAAAAGCACUCAAUGCCGGCAUGUCAAAAGAAACACAGACGAAAGUGAAGUUUAGUUAUAAUCGCAGUUCUCGCAAAGUUUUGGUUGAUGUAAAACACGGCACAACUGUGUGGUUUCCCGGAGAAUUGGCAACCGUCUUGGGAUUUGACCAGGACACUCUUAUUGAAAAGAAAACUUCGAGUCCCUAUCCUGCAGAUAUCAAUGGUGAAUUUUCCUCCAUGAUGUAUGUCUACACUGAUAUCGUUGAUGCACAGUUUGUCGGCGAUGUAAAAGCGCCUUUACUACGAAUCGUUUAUGUCGAAGGGGAAUAUGGAAACACCGUUCAGGCCAGUUUUCGUAAUUUGCAAUACGUACCGGUCAAAGUAAAUUCUUUUGAGACCAUUGAAGUGAAUAUAAAGAAUGACCAAAACGAAAACGUCUCAUUUGAGUUCGGGAAGUCAAUCGAAACACUUCACAUUAGACAGAAGAGAUCUCA